CAUCUUCGGUCGUUCGUUUAAAUCGAAAGUGUUUAAUUCAUUUUUAUGACUGCCAGUUAUGUGCGUUAUUUAUAAACAUUUGAAUAACAGACAGUAUCAAUGGGACUCAUUUCUAUGCAUUGUGAAAUUAUGAAGCCGGGCGAGUCGCGCCGCGGUUCGCGCGCCAGCCUGUUCGCUACUGAAGUGAUGGGCAGCGUCAGUGUUCCGAAUUUAAGCAUCGAUCAGAUUACAGAGAUCGAAGCGGCGGAGGCGUGCAAGUGGCUGAGAGCGGCCGGCUUCCCUCAGUAUGCCCAGAUGUACGAAGACCUCCAGUUCCCCAUAGACGUGUCAGGCGUCCAGAACGACCACCCGUUCCUGGACGCAGAUUCUCUCCAGUCGCUGUUCCGGCGGCUGACGGCGCUCAACCGCUGCGCCAACAUGAAGCUGGAGCACCACCAUCAUCAGAAGAGAUCGAACGACUCGGAUGACGACCAGUGCGCGUUGAGCGACAAAUGGCAGUACGAGAGGAAGUCGCGGCGCUGGUCGCGGGUGGUGGAGAUCACGCCGCAGGCGCAGCGGAGGCUACAGGUGAUAGCAGCGAGAGCGUUAGCGGAGAGGGAAGCAAGAGAAGCGAGGGGGGAGCUGGAGGAUGAUGAGGACGAGACCCUCCCCACCAUCAGGGUGGGGCUGGUGGACGCGGAGGGGCACUACACAGACGUGGAGCCAGACUUAUUAACAAUCCCAGGCCAGACCAUGAUACAGUUACCAAGCGACAAAGAAGAUGAAGAAGACACGGGGACCCGAUUCAGACGGACUGGUUCCGAACGCCUCCGAGACGGUGCCAAAGCCUUACUCAGACGAGUAGAAUCCCUCAAAACUAGAAGAAGAAAACGCCAGAACAGAACAGAAGUCAUCGUCUCAUCGCCCCAUUUUCUAGACGUGCAAGCGGAUAGAUAUCCAGAUUUGAACUACAUAGAUAUGACGCCAACGACGCCUACAGCAUUCCCUUUUCCAGACUUCAAUAGUUCACCAGCUCACGCGCCUGCGAUCAGAACGCAACCUCCUUCCCCCAUGACCGUAAUGCCUCCAUCACCUAUAGCACCUCUAGAACAAUCGUUUGUUUUAAACGCUCCUUUUGGAGAUGACAGCUCAAGUUACGCAUCCGACGGCAGCAUGGGCUCUAGCAAUAAAAGUUCAAAGUCAAAAUUAGGAAGAGCAAAAAGGAUAUUUCAUAGAGGAAUCAAGAAUGAUGACUCGAGCGCGUUGAGUGAUUCGGAGUGUCAGCCGGCUAGUUGGAGACACAAUUACUAUAAGGAUCAUAAUACUCAUCAUAAUACAGAGGUAUACGUAGAACCCCCAUCGCCAGUGGAGCUGAAGCCGGACCCGGAGAUCCUUCGGGAGGUGCAGAAGUCGCCGGGACACACGGCGCACCGGCGGCAGGCCAUCAGGACCAGUUCACUUAACCUGGGGAAGGAUGGACAGAAAUUCCGCGACCGGAGCCUGAAGAGAGACAAGUCAGCGUCGCGCAGCUCAGAACUGGAGGGCAGCCCGCACUCGGCCGGCUCGCGCUCGCACGACGGCGACCAGGACGAUGAUGAUGACAGCCUCGAUAUUAAGACCAAGAAAAACAAUAUCCAAAGAUGGUACUCGUUCAGGACGAGUGCACUGAACGGCGGUCCGAAGGCCAACAACACGCUGCAGCCCACCACCCCCACCCAGAAGGACCCUGAAGCAUACCUAUCCAGGCCGAUGUCGUCGCUGUCGUGCGGGCAGCUCCACAUCUUGCGCAAGCUGGCGCUGCUGCGGCUGACGGCGUGCAUGGAGCGCUACUGCCCCUCGCACAAGUCCGGCUGGAACUGGGAGCUGCCAAAGCUGAUCCGGAAGAUCAAGACUCCAGACUACAAAGACAAAACAGUAUUCGGUGUUCCACUCACCGUGUCGCUACAAAGGACGGGUCACUCGUUACCGAAGCCCAUACAGUGCGCGCUCAGCUGGCUGAAAAACAAUGCUUUAGAUCAGAUGGGCAUAUUCCGCAAAGCGGGCGUCAAAUCCCGAAUAGCGAAACUCCGAAGUACCGUUGAAUCAGCCGGCGCAUCCAACGCAGCCUUCGCGAUAGAAAACAUGAACACGGUGGCGCCGGAGCAGUCGAGCCUCAGCUUCGACGGCGCGCAGGCGCACGACGUGGCUGAUAUGGUCAAGCAGUACUUUAGAGAGCUGCCCGAUGCGCUGCUCACUAAUAAACUAAGCGAGACGUUUAUCGCGAUAUUCCAACAUGUGCCUGAACCUUUGAGGCCAGACGCUGUCCAGUGCGCGCUGUUGCUGUUACCAGAGGAACAUUUAGAAGCUUUACAUUCUUUACUUAUUUUCCUUUAUGAGGUGUCGGAGCACGCGGGCGUGAACCAGAUGACGGCGUCGAACCUGGCCGUGUGCCUCGCGCCCACGCUGCUGCGCCUGCACCACGCGCCGCCCGCCACCGGCUCCACCAAGGAGGGCAACUCCAACAGGAUGGUGAUAGAGAGCGUGGCGGACCAGCGGCAGAUCAGCGAGAGCCGCGCGGCGCACGCGUGCCUGCUGCUGCUCAUACAGCGACACGCCACGCUUUUCUUGGCGCCCGCCGACAUGCUCGCGCGGUGUAAGUUCAACUACUUCGAGGAGAGCGUGCCGGGUAUAAGGCAUCAGCAACAGGGUGUUAGGCAGAGGCAUGCCACGCUGUUCCUGGCGCCCGCAGAAUACAACUACUUUGAGGAGAGCGUGCCGAAACAAAUCAGCGAGAGCCGCGCGGCGCACGCGUGCCUGCUGCUGCUCAUACAGCGGCACGCGACGCUGUUCCUGGCGCCCGCCGACAUGCUCGCGCGGUGCAAGUUCAACUACUUCGAGGAGAGCGUGCCGGUAGCGCUAGAAGAAUUAGGGGCAGACUUUAAUCAAGACUGGAAGGGUUUUCAGCAAGCCUGCAUCAAAGCUUUACUAAAAGAAGCCAAAGAAAAGACUCGUGGUUGGAUGUCAGUGUCAGGAGCCGCGCCUCACGUGGAGCUGUGCUGCAAGAAAGUGGGCGAUGGACACCCGCUGAGGCUCUGGAGAGCUACCACUGAUGUUGAGGCGCCUCCGCAGGAGGUCAUGCAGAGGAUACUGCGUGAGCGUCACAUCUGGGACGACUCGCUGGUGAAGUGGCGCGUGGUGGAGAAGCUGGGCUCCAACGCGGAGGUGUUCCAGUACGUCACCGCCUCCAGCAUCAACCUGCCCGCCCGGGACUACUGCGUGCUCAGUACACGAGUAGUACACAUCUGGGACGACUCGCUGGUGAAGUGGCGCGUGGUGGAGAAGCUGGGCUCCAACGCGGAGGUGUUCCAGUACCUCACCGCCUCUAGCAUCAACCUGCCCGCCCGGGACUACUGCGUGCUCAGUACACGAGUAGUACACAUCUGGGACGACUCGCUGGUGAAGUGGCGCGUGGUGGAGAAGCUGGGCUAUAACGCGGAGGUGUUCCAGUACGUCACCGCCUCUAGCAUCAACCUGCCCGCCCGGGACUACUGCGUGCUCAGUACACGAGUAGUACACAUCUGGGACGACUCGCUGGUGAAGUGGCGCGUGGUGGAGAAGCUGGGCUCCAACGCGGAGGUGUUCCAGUACAUCACUGCCUCUAGCAUCAACCUGCCCGCCCGGGACUACUGCGUGCUCAGGUCAUGGCAGCAAGGCGGUGGCGGCGGCGGCGGCGGCGGCUGGUGCGCGGUGGCCGAGACGUCUGUGGCCCACGCGGCGUGCGCGGCGGCCGCGGGCGCGGGCGCGGGCGCGCGGGGGGUGGUGCUCGCGUCGCGGUACUUGGCGCAGCCAGCGGGGAAGGGACGCAGCCGUCUUGUGCAUCUGGCGAGGGUGGACACAAUGGGCCGCACACCGGAGUGGUACAACAAGUGCUACGGGCACGUGUGCGCGCUACAACUGGCUCGAAUCCGCGCGUCCUUCAAGCACAACACCGACGGGCCCGAGUCCAACGUGUGAUGCGCGCCCCGGGGCCGCCUGCCCCGGCCGGAGCCCUGACUCAGUGGAACCACUAGUGUACAGUGUAUUAUGGAGAACCUGCCUUGCCCGAAGCCCUAACUCUCUUCAACGCUACAGUUAUUGUACAGUGAUAUGGACAGUUGAUAUAGGUGUCAUCUCCAUGGCCUGGAGUGAUGAAGGGAGGUACCAUCUGGUUAACUCGAUUCGUUAGCUAUUACAGGUAUCAUCUCUAAUACGAGCUGGCCCUAUGGCAAAAAGCCCCGUACAA